AUAAAGAAGCAAGGAGACAGGAAGGCCACCUUGAGUGUUAAUCAGGCAAAGAUGGUGCUGGACUGGGAUACAGUACAGGAAUCUGGUGACUCAGGUCCGUCUACAGUGGGUCUUUUCUCCACACCAGGAAUGGGCAAGUUUAUGGCUAAAGCCCCCCUAGUUCUAGAAACUGAGGAGCAGUCAGUUCUGAAUGAGACACACAAGGGCAUGUUGCAGGAAGUCUCCCCUGUCCUGCUCUCAGAUGUCAUCUCCGUCUUUGUGAACGAUAAUAACACCCAGAACCUAAGCUCCCCAGUCACCUUCAUCUUCAAGCAUACAGUGACCCCAAGGCCAAAGCAGAAGGUGUUCUGUGUCUUCUGGGAGCCUGGCCAGAAUGGAAGUGGUCAUUGGUCCACCAAAGGCUGCUGGAGGGUGGGUACUAUAGACACCAGCACCACCUGCCAAUGCAGCCACCUCAGCAGCUUUGCCGUCCUCAUGGCCCACUAUGAUGUGCAGCAGUAG